AUGUCGAUGAAUCCGUGCAAGAAUGGUGACCGGGAGAAGGAUCAGAACAACAACUUCGUCAACUCGACCGCCCACGGGGGCGCCGGGGUCGACCGGGAAGGGCGAGCCCGCCGGGCCGCUGCCCGCUCGGCGGUCGGCGAGGAAGGCUCCCAUCCUCAGCAGCAGCCGACACGCAACAGUGACACCCGAAGGGAUCAGCACAAUGGCUACUACCGGCCCGGUCAGCAGCGCGAUCACCAGCGAUCGCCGGCCGGCCGAGCAACAGGCGGUGCCGGUGGUGGCGGUGCGACGGGUGGCGGAGCGGGACCUCAGGUGACCGCCAAAGUGAUGUGGGGCAAUGUCAGUGCCAUCAAGGAGCUGCGCGAUAAGGAGCAGACCGAUCGACAGUACGGUACACGGGCCGCCGGGCGUCGUCAGUGA